UCUGUCUCAUCUCAGUGGCGGGGCUUGGUCUUCUCUGAUUAUUUCACAAGGGAUUACUCGAAGCUUGAUGACCUAUUCGAAUUCACCUUGCAGAGCCUUCCUGCAAACUUUUUUAUGGAGGCUUCUCGCCUUGGUCUCCGGAGUUACUUUGCCUCUAGUCCAUGGGAAGUCACCCUCAAAUACGAUAUCGUCCGUCAAAUAGUGUCAUGGGUACUGUUUGAGACAAUCAUUGCUUCCUCAUCGUCGCCCUAUUUGCCCGGGGACAUCCGACAUGAUAUUCUCGGUAGACUGGACGAGUUGUCCCAAGGUAUCAUGCAAUUGCAUAGCACCGGUAAACUCCAGAAGGGAGGAUUCAUUUGUCGAAAUCCACAUGAAUUUGCUCAGGCAGUUGACAAGUUGCUGGAACCGCUCCUUUUGUUUGAAUUGGAACGGGUUGUGAAGAAACCGGAAACAUUGUUAUCACAUCUCUUAUUGACAAGAAAGACUUUGAGUGCAAAUUUGUUGAAUCGACAUGACGCCGAGGAGUUAGCACCUCUGACUACGAAAAAUUUGAGCCAUUUUCUCUUUGAGGUGCUGUUUAUUGGUCAGUACGCAUUGACACCGUGCCUUCGAACUAUCCUGGCUGCACUGACUUUGCGUUCCGAGUGGAGAAAGCAAUUAGUAGCAGAGAUAUCCGACCACUUGAGAAACUGUUCCCACAAGUGCAGGAGGCAUUCGUCUGUCCUAAUGGAGAAAUGCAUGGAUUUAGACUCAAAGUGUCUUUCCUUUGCGAAAUCAAUUUGCCUGGAAUCUGUGCGCUUCAAUGUAUCGGGUUGGCCGUUGGGGGCGCUGAGAGAGGCCCUCCGGGAUGGCGACAGUUUCUUUGCCGGCGAUGUCGUUCUGCUCAAUGAACCGGCGGUCUUCCACGACACAGCGAUCUGGUUCAUGCGAGAUCUCCCACCUCUAGCUACUUCCAUUAAAUUCCUUCAGUUUCCAUUUGAUCCGGUAGGCCGACAUGGGACGGAAACCGCAAAUUAUCUCGCCUCUCGUGUUCUACUUAACUCCCGGGUGUGUUUUAUGCGGCGGGACUUUAUUUUCCGUCUUCUUCUAGCCACAACAAUAGAAAUAUUUACUCAGUAUUCACUUAAACCGGACCAAGUGGAGGGAAGUUCUGAAUUCUCGGACUUACCUCUCUACCUACCCUUGGAUCCCUCACUGAUGUGUGAUGCAGUCUUAGCAAAGCAAGGUGGAAAAGAUUCGUAG